AAACCUGUCAUCCUGCGUUCGCUGCGAUUCUCCCUUAUCUGUCGUUGUCUUGGGACUCUUAUAUCUGUUUAUUCUGCUUGACUCACUCCUCAUGUUGCUGCUAUAGAAUUCAUGCUGUCCUCCGCCUCCAUUGACACAUUUCAUCACCGCCCCUAACCUAACCUCCGAGCAAAGAAAAGACCAGAUACAACCGGACACUAAUUCGAUCCGGAUCCCCAAAAGAAACAGAAUGACAACGAUCACCAACACCAGUCCAGACAGCAGCAGCGACAGCAUAACGUUCCCCAAUUCCAAUGGCACCGCACCUCUGAAUCAACCGCCUCAACCACAACCGCAACCACACUCACAAUCAGAGAACUCGAUACCAGAACCACCACAGCAAACGCUACCGCCCCUCUCCACCGUAAUCGCAUCCCUUCACACCCGCAUCCACCUCUUCCUCUCCGAAUCCCAUCCCCCAGACUCUCUCCUUGCUGCCGUCCAGCGCCAAACCCGCACCUCCCUCGACGUCUUCGCAACAGCCCUCUCCCAGUAUCCCCUUGCGCAACUCUCCCUCUCAUACAAUGGCGGGAAAGACUGUCUCGUGCUCCUUGUUCUCUUUCUCGCAAGUCUGCAUCCCCAUCCGCCUCCCGAGGAGGGUGGGCUUGUCUCGAUCCCCGCUAUCUAUGCACUACCGCCGGACCCGUUCCCGGAUGUGGAGGAGUUUGUAAAGUCUUCGGCGAGGGAGUAUUAUCUUUCAAUUAUCAAGUAUACGACGGAUCCGCCGCGGACAACGCUGAGGUCGAGUUUUGAGGAUUAUUUGGCGUUGAAUCCGGCUGUGAAGGCGAUUUUUGUUGGGACUCGUCGUACGGACCCUCAUGGCGCCAAGUUGACCCAUUUCGAUCGUACGGAUAGGGGAUGGCCCGACUUCGUCCGUAUUCAUCCUGUUAUCGAUUGGCACUAUGCUGAGAUCUGGUCGUUUAUCCGUCAUCUCGGUUUCGAGUACUGUUCUCUCUACGAUCAAGGCUACACCAGUCUCGGUGGCACCACAGACACCUACCCCAAUCCUAUAUUGCGUGUCGACGGCUCGGAGGAAGGGGAUACACGCUUCCGACCUGCCUACGAAUUAACAGAGGACUUGGAGGAACGGUUGGGCCGCAAUUGAAUCCUGAAGGCACCGUAGCGAGCUGGAUAAGGCUGUAUGCUAGAUCGUUACUGAGUACCUGCAAUGGAAUUGGUGUAUCUAGUUGUGGGCGUCACCGCUGGGUGAUUCGUCUUAUAUCGGAUGAAGUAAGAAGCAUACCAUGUUGACUAAUUGCAUUUCUUCUGGGGUACAAACAGGAAAGACAUACAUCAAUAGACAGAUAAAGAACAAGAUAGCUCCUUCAAUGUCUUCUCCGACAGUAUCUAUUAGUGGAUAACAAUGGUGAUUAACGUCAAACAAAAACAAUGGAAACAGGAAAUCAAAUUCGAAAA